AUGCCCAAAGGUGGCAAGAAAACCAGAUUUGUUAGCGUUUCAUUCGAUCCUGCGACACAAGUCAUGGUUCAGGCUGGCCAUGGUUACCGCAGACAACAGUACAGCCGGGACGUUACUGUUGGAGGGGCUUUCCAGUCUCACCAGAAGCGCCACCACCGUCACGUCAACCGUGUCUAUCCCACCGUCCUUACCGCCGUCUCCACCACCGUCCUUACCGCCGUCUCCAUCACCGUCUCCACCACCGCCUCCACCGCCGUCUCCAUUGCCGUCUCCAUCGCCAUCCUUAACACCAUCCCCACCACAACUAUCCUUGCAACCCCAGACACCACUUCCUGA